AUGAGCGUCCAUGCCCAAGAUCCUCCGAAGUUUGAAUUGGAAUCUUACAUCGCGAAUUAUACUGGCCGGACCAGAUACAAUCGUCUAUAUGUCAUUGGGACAUGUUCGUCAUAUCUUGCCGUCGAGGCACUCAAAGCCGCAGUAGCCGAAGCCAAAAGUGGCAAAGAUGUCAUCAGAUACGAAAGAGCAGUGCGAGCACUUGCAGAGGUUGCGCCAAAUGACCCCGAGGCUACACUUGAUACGCACUGGGUAGACCACAUGCAGAAAGUCGUCAAGGCCGAAACGGACAGAUUAGAGCAUGAGCUUAAGGGCUACAAGAAUAAUUUGAUCAAAGAAAGCAUCCGGAUGGGCAAUGAAGAUUUGGGCCAGCACUACCAUCUCAUUGGCGAUCUUACGUCGGCGUCCAAAGCCUAUUCUCGUAUGCGAGACUACUGCACAACCCCAACUCAUAUCGUAUCCAUGCUGUUCAAGAUAAUCAAUGUGGCGAUCGAGCGGGGUGACUGGUUGAGUGUCCAAUCCAAUGUCCACCGAUUACGCCAUCUGCAAACGAAACAGGACGAACAAGCCAAAGUUCAGCCGAAGCUUUCCACCGCGAUGGGCCUCUCACAGCUGCACUCAGGAUCCUACCUAGAUGCCGCCAACAGCUUCUUGAACACAGAUCCGGGCCUCGGUGACUCAUACACGGAGGUACUCACUUCCAACGACGUGGCCGUCUACGGCGGGAUCUGCGCGUUGGCGUCGAUGGACCGCGACGAGCUCCAGCGGCGCGUCCUCGACAAUAACUCCUUCCGCAACUUCCUGGAAUUGGAGCCACACAUCCGCCGCGCCAUUGCUUUCUUCUGCAACUCCAAGUUCCGCUCUUGCCUGGAGAUCCUCGAGGCCUACAAGGCGGAUUACCUGCUCGACAUCCACCUGCAGCGCCAUGUUCAUACCCUCUUCACCCGCAUCCGCACUAAAUCCAUCCAGCAAUACCUCAUUCCGUUUAGCCGCGUUACCCUGGAUUCCAUGUCGAAGAUGUUCGCUCCCGGGACCGGGACAGGCACUGGAACCGAUAGCGGCCAGCAAAGCCCCCCGAUCGACCUCACCUCGCCCUUUGUGCAGGAACUGAUAGCUCUAAUUCAGGAUGGCACGCUGGACGCUCGCAUUGAUCUGGAGCACAAGGUGCUGAUUGCCAAUCAGGUCGACCUCCGGACAGAGGUACAGGAGGCCGUCUUGGACAGCCUGGCGGACUACGUGCGCGAGGCGCACAUCCGCAUGCUACGCACAAACAUCGUUCGGGCGGGGCUGGAGGUACGCGUCGAUGAUAAACCUAGGGAGAUGCGAAGUAAGAGGUCGGAUGGACAUGGGUCCGCCACUCUGUCGCGCGGCUCGGGCUUGUUCCAAUAA